AUGUCUCUUCAAACAGUCGCCAUCGCCGCGAUCGCGGUGGUGUAUUUCCUCAUCCGCUACUUCAACCGCACAGAUGUCCCCAAGAUCAAGGGUCUUCCUGAAAUCCCGGGCAUUCCCAUCUUCGGCAACCUCAUCCAACUGGGCGACCAGCACGCAACUGUGGCUGCGAAGUGGGCGAAGAAGUUCGGUCCUGUCUUCCAGGUCCGCAUGGGUAACAGGCGCGUUGUUUUCGCCAAUACUUUCGACUCUGUCCGUCAGCUCUGGAUUAAGGAUCAGUCCGCCCUUAUCUCCCGACCGACAUUCCACACCUUCCACAGCGUUGUUUCCAGCUCUCAGGGAUUUACAAUCGGAACUUCGCCCUGGGAUGAGUCCUGCAAGCGCCGCCGCAAGGCUGCCGCUACGGCCCUGAACCGCCCCGCCACGCAGUCGUACAUGCCCAUCAUUGAUCUCGAGUCGAUGUCAAGUAUCCGCGAGCUCUUCAAAGACAGCAAGGAUGGAACAGUGGAUGUAAACCCGACGGCGUACUUCCAGCGAUUUGCGCUAAACACGAGUCUGACGCUGAACUAUGGAAUUCGGAUCGAGGGCAACGUCGACGAUGAGCUGUUGCGCGAGAUAGUCGAUGUUGAACGUGGCGUGUCGAACUUCCGCAGCACGAGUAACCAAUGGCAGGAUUAUAUCCCCCUCAUGAGGAUUGUUCCCAAGAUGAACCGCGAGGCCGAUGAGUUCCGUGUGCGUAGGGACAAGUACCUUACUUACCUCCUGGGUGUUCUGAAGGACCGCAUUGCGAAGGGAACAGACAAGCCUUGCAUUACUGGAAACAUUCUCAAGGACCCUGAGGCUAAGCUUAACGAGGCUGAGAUCAAGUCGAUCUGUUUGACCAUGGUCUCCGCCGGUCUUGACACCGUCCCUGGUAACCUCAUCAUGGGCAUUGCCUACCUAGCCUCCGAGGGCGGCCAGGAGAUCCAAAAGCGCGCCUUCGAGGAAAUCAACAAGAUCUACCCGGAUGGCGACGCAUGGGAAAAAUGCCUCACUGAAGAAAAGGUCCCCUACGUCACAGCUCUCGUCAAGGAAACUCUCCGCUUCUGGACCGUCAUCCCCAUCUGCCUGCCCCGCGAAAGCACCAAGGAUAUCACCUGGAAUGGGGCCGUUAUCCCCAAGGGCACAACGUUCUUUAUGAACGCCUACGCAGCAGACUACGACGAAACCCACUUCACAGACCCCUACAGCUUCCAACCAGAGCGCUACCUCUCCACCUCUAGCGACGGCUCGGGAACCCCGCACUACGGCUACGGCGCUGGAUCGCGAAUGUGCGCCGGCUCACACCUGGCAAACCGCGAGCUCUUCACUGCGUACGUGCGCCUCAUUACGGCGUUCACGAUGCACCCGGCCAAGAAGGAGGGAGACCGCGCGAUCCUGGAUGCGAUCGAGUGCAAUGCGAUCCCGACGGCGCUGACGACGGAGCCGAAGCCGUUCAAGGUUGGGUUUAAGCCGCGGAAUCCGGAGGUGUUGAAGACGUGGAUUGCGGAUAGUGAGGAGAGGACGAAGGAUUUGAACUAG